UUGGGUAUACACAUUAACAUUCCGUUCAGCUCGGCAACUGCGCGUACGCCAGAAGGAUGGAGCAAGGUUACUACAACGAUGCAGUACGACGAUUCAACCAGAGCUAUGUGGGAAGAUUUACAAAAACCCUACGGGAAUCAGUCAAGCUUCUUGCGCCAUCUGAUAUUGCUGGAGAAAUAUUUUCGCAAUGGUGAUUUAAUCCUGUCGCCACAGGCCAAAUCAAAUGCAGCCACAUAUUCUGAAGCAGUUCAGAAUAGGCUUCGGUCGUUCGACAACGUUCCAACACCUCCGGCGGCGACAGUUCUCGAUAAAAGUAUUCUGUUGCAACAACUUGGUAAUGCUCCUAUCACCAUUACAGCAACUGCAAAAUCAAAAACAAAAUCAACGACAGAACCUGUCAGUCUUUUGAAGUCCAAUAAUCCACAUUUGGUUGCUGGUCUGUCGACAGGGGAAUCAUCCACCUCACAAAAGCGAAAAUUAUCAACCGACACUAAAAGUAAAACUUCUACGGCUUCUUGUGAUUCAGCUGUAAGCAAUAAAGUUAUGAAAUUGGAUGAAACAGCAAGUGUGUCAGUAGCAAAACCCACUAACCUUGUACCUCCAGAGCUAAUAAGUAUCAAUGCAAAACAAAACGUUACAAUUACUACAAUUCCAGCUGCAUCUAAAUCUCAAACUUCAACAACACAGUCAAGUCAACCUGUACAGGCCCAACAAUCCUUGUUGCAACCCCAAACCCAACCCCAACAAUCGUUGCUGCAACCGCAGCUUCAUAAAAAAUCAAUCGCUUCCGGUGGUACAAGGGAGAUUAUCAAGCUACCUGAUACUUUAACGGAAGCAGAACGUCGAGAAACUUUGAAACCGUGGCGUCCGACGCUGAUCCCGAUCACUCCAGGAAGUGCUGAGUCGAUAAAAUCGGGACCACUAUACCAAACUGCUGACGGGCGAAGGCUUCCAAAGUUGGUACAAGUAAUGUCCGGUGGAAAACCUUACCAUAUCUCUAUCAACGAUUAUAAUCGCAUGUGUAUAUUGAGACGUGAAAAAUUGCUGCAACAACAGCAGCAAAUGUUACAACAACAAAUCCAGCAACAUCAAAAACGGUUCCCACAACAAUCGCCACCGAAUAUAAACACUCUCAAACCUUCACCGGCCAAACAAACAGAUGGACCACUAGGAUCUUCCAAACUACAAAUACCGAAUCAAAUUCUCGAGCAGAACUCUCUUAUUCCGAUAUCUAAUAAUGGCAACACAUCUGCUAGUACAUCAACUACUAGCACUGCAGCUAAAACUAACGGUCCUAGCAGUGAACUGCAACAAUUGAUCAAAACCCGCAAACCCAAUAGCACCAACACACUGCCACCUACCACAAGUCUCAUUGCCAACACGCUGAAGAGUCUAAAAGAUCUUAAAGAUCUAAAAGAAACGUUCAAAAACAGCAUCGAUAUGAAUCAGCUGCAACUACAGCAACAACAACAACAGCAGCAAAAUCAACAAUCCCAGUCCAAUGUAUCUUCUGCUGCGGCUGCGAACACACCCUCCCUGCACUCGGGUCCCUCACAGCUUGACCAGUUUAUGAAAAGUAACAGCCAAUUUUUGAGUAAUCUGGCCAACCAUCCGCAACUGAGUGCCAUGGUUGCUGCAGCCGCCGCAGCUGCUGCCAAUGCAGGUGCUCCCACCAGUGGCUCCUCGUCGUCCUCAUCCUCAUCGACCUCUCAAAAACUUCCCGCUGGCAGUACCAGUGGCGGAUCAAUCCUAAUGGACAACCAAGCCGCCCAGUUGCUGUCCAAAAUACCAAAAUCCCUUACUGUGAUACCACAACAAAAACAAAGAUCCUUGUCACGUGUCUCCUCCAAUGAGGACCAAAGCAGUGCCUAAGCGAAACUGAAACGAUGAUACAACCUAUCUAACAGCAAACCAUACAUAUGCCUAAACGAACACAAAUUCGAUUUUGAAGGAAACAAAUAAUUACCUAUUCAGAGUAUGAGAAAAGUUGUUUAAUUUUGUGAAUUUAUAAACAAUAAAAGUUCUUCUGAACUGUUAAGUGAAAUCAAUCAGGUAUAAAAAGGGAACCAUAGAAAUUUAAAAAGGCUUAAAAAACCAAUCAACAGUAUGCUCUAGUCACUUUGGCUUGUCUUCUCUUUUUUUUUAUAACACUAUCGGAGCUUUGUUAACAAUUUGAUUGCUUUUAUGGACAGCAAAUACACAAACAGGACAACAUUCCAACUCAAACGGGAUAGGAUCGAUUGUGCGGAGAAAAAUCAAGAAGUAGAAUACCGUUGACGGGAUUGUGGAUACGGCGAUAUCAAUUCCUCUUAGACUUUUUUCUAUUUCAACUUUCUCGAGCCAGUGAAACGACAUCGUUAUGUUUCCAUAUGCAAACAGACACAGGACACAGACACACUUUUAAAGCAGGGAUUCGGAACUGUACGAAAUUCGAUGGCGCAAAUGCUUCCCUUGCAUCUUUGACGAAAAGAUUUUAAUUUUAAUAUCAAGUUCAAUGAUUAAUUAUAUUAUCAUUAUUACUCCUAUUAUUAAACCUACUCUUAAAGUAACAUGUAACUUAUUAGGAAUGAUCGUAAUCGAGCAAGAGUGUUUUUAGAUUUAACUCCAUAGUACUACACUCCGGAAUGAAACAUAAGAACAACUGCAGAAUUAUAUCAACCACACUCAAUCACCAGUUAGUUUAUAACAUCAACUCACAGAAAUUCAGCUUACGCAUUCACUUUGAGGAUCAUCAAUUUUUUUUUGCAAUAGAAUAAGGUUUUCUUCUCUUUAUAUACCAUAUUCCUAUACACUGAAAUUCUAAUUUCAAAUUAUUUGCGCUUUAAGAGCGUUGUGUACAGUUUGUUUUUUUCCUACGUUCGUAAUGCUACCUAAGUCUAUUAAAAAACAAAAACAAGACGACGAUUCGCGCCACCCAAUUGUUAGCGAAUCAACAAUCUUACACAGCUAUUCAUUGAUUCGAAGCAUACAUGAAAAACACAUCAAAGUUAGUUUUGUAAUAGCAAUAAGUAAAAACAACGUGGCAGUUAAUGUUAAGCAACACCUCGUGUCUCACGUAUCAUGGAUAACGAACAUGGAGGAAAGGUAUAUAACAUGAAAUAAAAUAGUUUAUGUAGGUAUAAAUAUUACACAAUUAUCAAGUUGCGAGUAAAGAAUUGGGCGCGGAAGACAUUAAAGAUACCUACAUAUGUAAUGUACGUUGCGUUGUUAUCAACUACCACAAUAUAACGAAACAAAAGCAAACAAAUUCACAGAAAAUCUGUACCGUGAAAACAUGUGAGAUAGUUGAUCAAUAUUUAAAAAGUUUUAGGUAUCAGAGAUUAAGAAUUGCAUAUUAUUUUUACUGCAACCAACCACGCUCUAUCGAUAAACUAUUUGAAGCAAGAGUAUAUAUCACUAUUACAACAAUAGCAUUCAAUGAGAAGCGCGUUUGCCGAGUGUCUUGAUGUAACCUGUAUAAAUUUGAAAUAAAAUUAAAGGUAUUCGCAAAAACAUAA